AUGUCAUCUUCAAAUGAGAUCAACAACACUUCAGAAAACUCAAACAACACCAAUUGUUCUUCAACCUUAAAAGGUGAUAGUGGUUCUGAUCAUCAAAGUCUUUCUAAUUCAUCAUCAUCCAUCAGAUACAAUAUGGAUAUCUUUGAUACUGGAUCUGUUACUUCUACUUGGUUAGAAGGUACAAAGAAAGACUUGAUCAAUGCUCAAAAAGUAUUGAUAGAAAUGAAACAAAUUGUACAAGGGUUUGAAAAUUGGUUAGAGUCCGGAAUAAUUGAAUUUGCAAAAGUACAAGAAAACCUUUUGAGAGAAAAGUUAACAAUGGUUGAAAAUUUCGAAAACCAACAAAUACAAGACCACCAAGCAUUGCUUCAGGAGACUGCUGUAGGACAAAUGGUAGCAAUCGAAACACUUAUGCAUUCUAAUCAAACAAAAUGA